AUGAAGACGGACUUUCACAAGAUCCGUCGCAAGGCGUCGGGCCAGUCGAAGCGUUCUCAUGGCGCAACCUUUGCCCUGCAGAGUGAAAAAGGCGGCUGGGUCUACAAGAUCCACCCGACGCCCAACAUGAUUGACCUGAACGAAUCGAGCUUCGAGAUCCGCUUCAAGAGGGAGGAAGAGUUCUCGGCCCUCGCGUGGGCUGAGGUGACCUACAAGAGCCUGAUUGCUGCUGGCAUGAACAAGUGGGAUGUCGAGAGCCUGGUGGACAUGUACGAGCCCGAGGGCCUGAUGCCUGCCCUUCACUUCCCGGCGAACCCGGACUACAGCGGCAAGAAAUACGACGGCCUGUCCGCGAGCCCCGGACAGCCCCAGCUAGCAGGCGACGAAGCCAACCUGGCAAAGUACAACGAGAAGACGCUGGAGGGGUAUGCCAUUGAGUUCAUGGAGAAGAAUGGCGGCCCGGUCGGCUUCGACGGCAUCUUCCCUCUUACAACUCUCAAAACCGAUGCGCCGGCCGAGCCUACCACUGCUAGAGAGACGGAGGAUAAGCUCUGCUCCAACUCGGAUGAAGAGUUUCACCUGACCACGGCUGAGUGCCGCACACAGGUUGCGGAGUGUGUCUUCCAAGAAGGCAAGAAGCCAGGCUUUAACUGGAGCUUUAUCACGGCUUGUAUGGAUACUAAGUGGCGUAUUAUCUAA